CCUUGGAAAGACAUGUUAGGUAUCUCAAGAUGGGUGCGGGUGGGCGGGGCAAUAAGGUCAAUUCGCCUGAUGUCCACUCAAGCUGAAGCAGAAGUUGCAGUGGACAAAGCAGUACUCAGCAAGCUUCGAAAGAAAACAGGCUUUCCCAUGAUCAAAUGCAAAACAGCAUUGUCACAGUUCAACAAUGACAUUAAACAGGCUGAACAGUGGAUGCGUGAGGUAGCUCAAAAGGAAGGUUGGGAGAAGGCAGGCAAACUGGAGAACAGGCCUAUGUCUCAAGGUCUUUUGGGUGUGCUUCAGGCAGAUACCGGUCUCACUGUGGUCGAGGUAAACUGUGAGACAGACUUUGUUGCCCGCAACGAGAACUUCCAAGCCCUCGUGUGCCAGAUCACUACUGCUUGUCACAAAAACUUUGAUCAGCAGGAACAGGCUAAGAUUACUCUCGAUAAGUCUGCCCUGAGUUUGCUCCCCUGUGGUGAUCGUACAGUUGGGGACCAGGUUGCCUUGACAGUUGGGAAUCUUGGGGAGAACAUGGCUAUCCGGCGUGCAUCAUACCUGCGUAGUGAGCCGGGGUCCACUCUGUCCUGCAUGGUGCAUGCGGCAGGGCCAGCAAUGGAACGCGACGGGAUCAAGCUAGGAAAGUUUGCAGCCCUUGUGAAAAUCCAGGAACCGGAUAUGAGCAGCAUUUCUGAAAACAUCUGUCAACACAUCAUUGGUAUGAACCCUUCAGAAGUUGGUCAGUGGUCUGUUCCACCUGCUGACAAAAAGGACUCAAAGAAAAAGAAAAAGGAUAAAAGUGCAGAAAAUGAACCCAAAGAAAUAAAAGUGGAGGCAAGAUUGUAUGAUCAGGAAUUUUUGCUUGAACCAGGGAAGAAUGUGAGGGAAUAUUUACGGGAAAGUGCACCCAAUGUGAUUGACUUUGUGAGGAUUGAAUGUGGUGAGGACUUAGGUGAAGAGGAUUGAUUAGCACUUGUUAGUCAAGCUAAAAAUCUUUAAAACCUUUUUUUGUAAUUUAUGUUGGAAUAAAUCUAACUUGUAUCAAA